AUGUUGCUCUUACUGCACAAAGCUCAGCUGCCCACGGCCGACCGGAAGCAGGCGGAGGACCACCUGAAGUGUGUCGAAGUCCACAUCAUGCAUCCGGAAGACAUUCCACAAUGGAUGAACGCGGUAGACUGUGGGAUUUAUGUCGGCAUGUAUCUCCACGCCCUGGUUACAUCCGGCUUUUCAACCCUCAAACGGUGGCUCACGUUUUACUGCGCGAAGUCCCACGCCUACCGGCGCCAGCUCCGCGAGGAGGUGUCCCUCAACGCCACAGGUGACCUUGUUGUCAAGCUGCCUGGGGAGGGGGUGAAUGUUCCCCCACAGCCUCUUCCCCAGGUGGGAGAACACGGCGCCCUCGUCUUUCCCAAGGAGGACGAAGUCCGCACCGACCUGGCGAGGCAGUCAGGCAUGAUAACCCGGAUGGAGGCAGGGGGUUACGUUGUGUGUGCGGCUGUCAUGUGCCUGGCACGUUCGCUAGGCAUCUCGGAGGAUCAUCUGCUGAGUGGAGCGGCACACGAGCUUCAGUCGCACGGGACACCUCUGCUGGCUCUGUCCACGACCAAGAACCACGUGGAGCACGCAGCAUCUAUGCGGACGCCGGGCAUGACCAUCCACCCGGCUCCAUCACCGCUUCCGCUGCCAUCGUUCCCUUCUGAGCAUUCCGAUGGGGCGUCCCCCAUUGGUAGUGAGCCGACACCAACUGAUGUCGAGCCCAAGACGGAGGAGCAGGAUCUCCCAACCGCUCCCGUGACACCUGCAGCACCGCCGACGGUCUCGCGCGCUGCCAGGUAUCGCCUCCGUACUUGGACUAGGAUUGCAGCACGGGCCGUGCGUCCAACCAGCCUGCUUGCCGGGAACGGUGGUCGGCCUGCCUCCGGUCGCUGGACAGGGGUGAGUUGGUGCCCACGCGGCCGAAAGUGGGGGGUUAAGAUGGUGUGCGGCCCAGGCACUGGUCAGCAGAUAAGGCUGGGUGUGUAUAAUGUGGAGCUCGAUGCGGCGUAUGCGUAUGGAGCGGCGGCCUUUGUGAUCAGGCGUAAUGACCACAUCCAGCACGGGAAGGAGCUGUCGGACGCGGAGAAGGCGUCUCUGAUGGGGUGUGUUUGCGACGACGUGCGUCAUCUGGUCAAGGCAAGGAUGUGGUGGAGGUGGCGUCAGUGGAGGACGGCGCUAGCAGAGCUGGGCAUUGAGCCUGGUACUCCAUUCCUGCUGGAAAACAAUGUCACUCGGUCUCCGGACAACAGCUGCAGCGAGGAGGACGUGCAAGACAGGAUGGCCGUAACACCAUCACAUGGGACUCGGGCGGACUCGUGUAUGUUGCAUGGGAGCACUUUGGAAGGUAGUUCCUCCUCCGCCCAGUCGAGCCGGCAGGUUGACGGAACGGCUGCAUCCACCGGGAAUGCUGGUCGCAGGCGCAAACGUCCUGUUCAAGACGUCGUCGAGGCCUCUGCAGGAGUGGACGGGGAACAUGAGGCACCUCCCGCGCCAGCAUCGGACGACGACCCAAACGAGGCUCUCCCCAGUCGUAACCCAGGCCACACACAAGACGAGGAUGGUGCGGAAGCGGAGAACAAUGCUGCAGCCGACGCAGAAGAGGACGACGCCGGCGCAUGGCGUGAUCCCAAUGAUGCGCCGGUCACGCGCGAGGAGCUGCAUAGCAUGAGGGAGCUCCAUGAAGCGACGGCACGUGCGAUUGAAAGGUUGGAGACGGCGUUCCUUGCGAAGCCCAAGGAAGACAUCAACAAUAAGAAGAGGAGGAGGCGCAAGCGCGGCUCCGGCAAGGGAAAGCGCCGGAAGGCGCGGCGGGCACGCUCCACGUCCGAGACGGCGUCCGAUGAGGAGGGGGGCUUCGACGAAGAGGACGAGGGCCACCUUCGACACUCCCCAUCUGCCAUUAUGCAGGAGGCGCUCGACAAACUCCCAACCGACAAAGGCUGGAAGGUAACAUGUGUGGGAGAUGGUGCCGUAUACAUAGGGCCACAUGUGCGGUGGUUGCUGACGUAA